CGGGCGGAGGCAGUCGGUCCCAGUCUGUCCGCCCUGCAGGAGUCUGACUCGUCGAGGUUCUCUGGGUGCUGGCUGGGCGCGCGGGCAGCAUGUCUCACACCGUCAUCACAACAACAACAACAACAACAACAACGAGCGGCGGCUCGGACGGCCUGCUCAACCUGGGCUACACGCGCUCCGUGCCGGGACUCCUCAAGAUCGCACAGCUGGUUGCCUUGCUCAUCGCCUUCCUGUGCGUCCACUGCGCUCGCGGCUGGACCGACCUGUCCGCCUUCCGCUACUUCGAGGUCGUGACCUUGUGGUUCCUCAUCGCCUUCCUCAUCUUUUACCUCAUGUACGUGUUCAGGCUGCAGAGCAAAAUCCCCUGCAUCAACUGGACACUGACGGAGUUCCUGCACUACGCCGUCGGGACCAUCCUGGUCUUCAUCGCCUCCAUCGUGGCCGCCAUUAAGAGCGGCGGCUGGUCCGAGCUCGUCGCCGGGGCGGUGUUCGGCUUCAUCGCAACCUUCCUGCUGGCCGUCAGCCUGUGGACGUCCUACAGAGUGACCUGCGGCUCCCAGCAGACCGGUGCAGCGGUGUAAAAACGGGAUCACACCUGAAGGAAGCGGACGCCUGUGUUUCUCAUCUCGCUGCGUCCCGCUCGUUUUUCUGCCCGGCAACAGCCUGGAUGAUUUCUGAUUGUGUUAUUUUUGCGAGUGCGGAGGCGAUG